GACACUAAAAAAAAUAAUAACAAGCUCGAAAUGAAUUUUUUAACCGAUCACGAUAAUCUAAUUAAAUUUUUACAAUGUUUAAACGUAACCACCGCGACGUGGCCACUGGGAUCUGAUACUAAUAUAUUAAAAAAAAUUGUCUAUACAGUUUUAUGGUGCAGUUAUGCUCUUAAUGGUAUAACAUCGAUAUUAGCAUUAUCGAUCGGUAUUUAUUAUUAUCGCCAAGAUAUCGUAAAUAUGAUGAAAUCAACAGUAGAAUUCGUAUAUAUAUGUGAAUCACUUUUCAAUUUAUGUUAUUGCACAUUGCAAAAGUUAAAUUUAAAGAUACUUAUAGAUGAUAUGAAGCAAUUUUCUUUCAAAGCAACCUCUCAAGAAUUAAUUCUAAGACGAAAUAAUCUAAAAAGUAUAAGCACUUUAUUAGCAUUUAUGUCGACUCUCUUUAUUAGCGGUGGUUCAAUUUUUGUCUUUGCUCCAUCAAUAUUACAUAACAGAGAUAUACCACUUAAUACAAUAUAUCCAUUUCCAAUGGAAAAAAGUUGGGCAAUGUAUCUUGUAUACAUAUUAAAUAUAUAUACUGUUAUGCAAGCAUUUUGUGCUAUUACCGUCGACGUAAUGGUAAUUGCAAUAAUAAACUAUACAUCUUUUAAAUUUAUUAUACUUGGGAAAAAAUUGCAAAAUAUUAUCAGCAAUGAUGAUCUUAAAAAUUUUGUGAUGGAACAUCAAGAUACCAUAAGAUAUUCCACAAUAAUAGACAAUACUGUUACACCCAUUAUUGUCAAAUCCAUAGUUGCAACAUGCAUAUAUUUGGUUACAUGUAGUUUGUUGUUAUUAAAUGAUGUACCUUUCUUACAUAUAACACAGUUUGCUGCAGUAACGAUACUAUCCUUUACACGACUUCUUGUAUGUAGCUCUGUGGCUCAAGCAGUUACUGAUAUUGCUUCCAAUUUAAUUUCAUUAAUUACAGUAUCCUCAUGGCUAGAAUCUUCAUUAAAAAUGCGCAAAAAUAUAUUGUUUAUCAUACAAAGAUGUCAAAAGCCUAUCACAAUCUCAGUAAGUGGUAUUGUACCUGCCUUAUCUCUCAAAUUUUGUGGAUUGGUAAUAUAUAAAACAUUUUCUUAUAUUAUGACAUUAAGAGCAAUAUUAAAAGUAUGAAGUAUAACAAAAUAUAUCUUGGAAGAUGAACAAAGUGUAUUGUGUUUUUAAAAAAAUUCAUUACACCGGCAAAAUAAUUAACAUUAUAGAUAUGAUAUUAUUAUUAUUAUUAUUAUUAUUAUUAUUAUUAUUAUUAUUAUUAUUAUAUUACUAAUAUGUAAAUAAAAACUUUUUAAUAAAUAGAAAUAAAAAUUUUAUUCAAUAACAUACUU